AUCAGGCGGCCCGCAGUCUCGCCGUCCGAGAACUCCAGACUCGCCCCGAGCAAGCCGACGAGCCCGUGCCGAGAGUCGCCCAGCCGGGCAGCAGGAGAGCGGGCCUCCCGCGCCGGCUUCCCCGUCGAGGCGACGGGGGAUGCGAGGUGCGCGCCCGCGGCUCGGCUCCGUAGCUGGUGCGCCGCGCCGGCCCGGCCCGAUGACGCGGCCACGAGGCGGUGACACAUGGAGAAACGUAUUCCAGUAGACAAACUAGGACCAGGUCAGACAUGCCACUAGUCUCGGAUAGCAUAGCGUUCACCGAGACAGAGUCAAGGAAGCUUUUACCGAGCGGCUACGCAAAGGCUCGAAUUGACACGACGAUAACGGCCGUUGUAAGGCAAAGCUCGCACGUCAGCUCUAAGCUCCGCAAUGCGGCAAGAUUACGACGAACCUUGACUAGGCUCGCGGCCGGGCAGAGAAAGUCGGUGAGCGAAAUAAAGGCCAACCCCCCAUUGUGAAUUGUUGCAGAUCAAGGCGGUAGCCAUGUACGGAGUCUGGGGUGGCAGGCUCCUCGUGUUCAACGUCCGACCCGCUGGAUCGACACCCUCGCACCAUCAACGAGGCGAGACGCAGGCUCAUCGAGCCCCGGCCAAUUGAGCCUCGGGCACUGCCCUGAGAAGAGGCCAGAACGCGACAGCCGGACGACAAGGGGACGGUCGGAAUAUAGAGGCCGCCGGGACGACGGCGAGCUUAGCGGACCCGCCACCAGCGAUCGUGGCCAACGCCCGGAUCGGUAUUCCAGAUCGGUCCACGCGCUUCCAAGCGACGGCCUUCCCGCUGGCCUGGCCAGCUACUAUGCGAAUUGAAGCUUUCGGCGCACUCGUCGCGGUGGUUUGGCUGACCGCAGUCCUUUGCACGCGGCUCGUUGUCGCCAGUAACCAGACAUUGAAUUUUUCCUCGCGCAAGCUUAAAGAUCACGAAACGGGAGGAGAACAGUUUACUGAUUGGACGAUGCCGCUCGAGGAGUCGACGACGAGGCGUAUGACCUACCCGGAGAUGCAGAAGCUCAUAAGGCAAGAGGGCGGGGAGGAGGGCUUGCCGGUCGACUGUUGCCCGACGGUAGAGGAGAUGGUCGAGCCGCGGGGCGGUAGGAACCGGGACAACAUGUACGUGGAGCUCUACCGAGACGGUGAGAACGCCCAGCGCUUCUUCGAGUACUCCUGUAGGCCGGAGGUCCUUGACAAGCCCUGCAGGUUCAUCGACCGCAAGCUCCAGGCCCAGUCGAGAUGCGUCCAGAAGUUCUCCUACACUUACGCUAUCGUACAGAAUCCAGGCUCCAAGGAGAGCGAACAGCACCGGAGGCAUCGCCACAGGGAAGAGCAGCACCAGUUCCCGGCGUUCCCGGGCAGCAGCAGCGGCGCCUCGUCCUGGACCCUCGACUACAUUAAGGUGCGCACCGGCUGCAGCUGCGAGGUGACGCCUAAGCCGAGGAAGAGGAAGUUCGCGGCCAUGAAGGUCAAGAGGACGAGGAGUAGCAGGGCGCGCUCGCGCUUCCCGAUCGGCGGUGGCUACGGAUAUGGCGAUCAGGCAAACUCCAGCGCGGAGGUGUGACGACACGAGAUGAGCGAAAUGAUGCCAAGCAGCUAUUACCACAGUCUUACUUCACGUUUAAAUUAUAUUACGAUAAUAAAUGCGCGGGUCACGAACUCUCAUUUUGUCUAUUAACUAUGUU